AUGCAAGGUGUGGCAGAGUUGGAAUUGGUCGAAACGAAAGUUGGAGAAGUUGGAAGCGGUAUUUUGCUUCCAUGUUAUGAGAGUUCGGCCAACGUGACUCCGUCCGUGACACACUGGCGGAAGAAUGGAGUAGAGGCGGCGAGUUUUAAUCAUUCCUCGGGGGUCAAGCCGCCAAACACGGGAAGUCAUUUGACUGUCAUGGACAAUGGGAGUCUGAAUAUCAGUGGACUAAUGACUAUUGAUGAAGGAGAAUAUCAGUGCGUUACCGUAUCAAAGGAUGCCACCGUUCAAAAUCAAAACAGCUUUCUUUUACAGAUUGCCAGCGGACCAGCCAGUGCAGUUAUAGACAUACAGCCGCUGUCUCCUCUUCCCAGUGGAAAAGCGUUUGUUCGGAAGGGAUCGACCGUUUCCCUCCACUGUUCAAGCUUGUCUUAUCCCUCACAAAAUCUGUCAUGGAUCUUCGAGGAUUCUACACCAAAUAACCACACACUGGCAUCUGGGACAGGAUCCCAGCUUCAUUAUGAGAUUCCCAACAUUCAGCCAAGCUCUCAGGGAAACUUCACAUGCAGAGCACAGAAUUUUCUCUCCAAGAGGACGUCGUACACAACCCGGGAGCUGCUGGUCUACUAUCCUCCUGAGAGACACCCAGAUUGCAGCUGGAGCAUAAGUGACGGAUCUGCCCUGGUUGUGUUCAGCUGCAGCUGGCAGGGGGGUUAUCCCGCGCCAACGUUAACCUGGCAGAACGAGACGGUCACGGCUUCCAAAUUACCAACGAUUAUGUCGUCUGGGACGAGCGAGACCCUGGAGUUGACUUUAAACCGCUCUUUGCUUUCUGACGGGCAAAACCUGACCUGCGUAGGGAAACAUGUCGCUCAAAACCUCGGGGAGGAGAAGUCGUGCUACUUCACGUUAAAGGCUCCAUACCCUGAGGGAGAACCAAUGGCAGCAGCUCUUGAGGGCAGCAACGUCACCCUCACGUGUACGGAGUCCACUUCUGUUCCUCCAGCCAAAACCAGAUGGGUGAGGGUGUUAAAAGACGACUACAUCAUGAACAGCUCAAAGUACAUCUUAUCUGAGAUGGGUCCCGUUUUCAAACUCACCAUCGUGAACGUCACCAAGGGAGACGAGGGGAUGUACUCGUGCAGGAGCGAGAGCCCGCUUGGCGUACGAGAGCUGGACGUCUUUCUGAACGUCAGGUCCUCUGCUGUAAACGUCGGAGGAAUUGUUGGAACUCUGAUUUCUAUCCUAAUAAUCGGAACAGGGAUUUUCCUAGGCAUAACGGGUUACACGCAGCGUGACAGAAUUUGCAUUGGUUUGGGAUUUGGUCGCUUGGAAGACAGGAGUGAUGUCAUAAGCCUGGUCGAAUCUGACGAGGAAGAGAUUUUUCGUGACGCCGUGCCCAGAUUACCCCCCCUGCCGGACGGCCAAGCGACCACGCUCGUGGAGAUUCACCGCAUACCUUCCAUCGGCCAUGAUGAUCAAGACAACACAGACCAGAAUGAAGAACAACAAGAGCAGCUGGAGCCAGAAGUAUAG